AUAGACUGCUGCCUUCGGAGAAUAACGGAGUAGUAUAUUUAUUGAUGAGCAGCAGUACGAGCCAGACAUACAUAGGAACGUGCACGGAUCUCGACCAGCGGGUGCGGCAACACAAUUCUGGUCACGGCGCACGGUACACGAGUGCCCUAAGCCGACGACCAUGGCAGGUUAUUGCUUACAUAGCAUUCAUCAGCGGUUCCGAACAGGAAAACCGCCGCCUGCGUUACGGCAUGGAAAUACGUUGCCAGAAUCGUGCUUAUGGUUAUAGAGGCAUCCGACAAAGUGUAACUACAGUGGACGAGGCUCUGGCUGCUAUGGUGGAGGUGGUCGAAGCCGAGCCAAAUUGCAGACUCAUAGUCUGUGGAGAACAACAUAAA